UAUUUUGGUUAGAGGAAAUGUAAUUGCAAGUUUCAAAUUUAAUAAAGAAGAUAUUCUCAUAAAAUCAGAUAAACAAAUAACAGCAAGUUUUGCUACAGUUAUAUUACAAUGUCCCGAAGAAAAAACAGACGUUGCAACUUUUAUGCUCGAGACAGUAAAAUACAAAAAAUUUGGCAAGAAUUUAACAAAAGUAACAGCUGAAAAAGGAACAAUUGAAUCCCAC